AAAAUCAAAUACAAUUGACACCCAAAAUCAAAAUGUCUGACGAACUGCCUUUCCAUAUCCAAGAGGCAAUCCUGAAAAGGCUUCCUAUCAAAUCAUUGAUUCAGUUUAGAUCCGUCUCAAGAACAUGGAAGUCUUUGAUCGACAGCUCAGAGUUUAUUGCUGCUCACAGCAUCAGCCACACUCAGCCACAACAUCUGUUUGUAUGGUACACAGACACACAAGAAGAUAAAUAUGUUUCUUUUGUCGAUGAUGACUCUUUCCCCCAACAUAGUAAAGACGGAUAUGACAUAUUCAACGAGGAGCAACUUUGUUGUACUCUAUGGAUGGUGGAGCAUGGUGUAGAAAUAUCGUUUACAAAACUAUUCUCCAUCGAGGCACCAGGUGAUUUGAUGAGGGCAGUGGGUUUUAGGAGGAAGGGCGGACCUAUUAUGGAAGUCCAAGAUUAUAUCUUUGAAUCAACUGAAGAGCUUGUUGUUUAUGAGCCUAACUCGGAACAAAGCAAUCAUCUGAUUAGUGGAUCUUCAUUCAUCGUGAAUUCCUACAUUGAAACGCUAGUUUUGCUCGGUUGCUCUGAUUGUAGUAGCUACUGACACACGACUUUCAACGACAAUAUCCGCAAAUUAGUUGAAGUUUUUUAAAAAUUAGAUGCAUCUCAUAUAUUUUGAUGCCCUUUAACUGUCUAUUCAACGUUUGUAACAUUAUUGCCGCUAAAUCUCACAUUUUUAUGAACAAUAUUCAGUAAUAUCU